AUGUCACUUUCCACCCCCAUUCCCUUUACCGCCCCCCACGCUGUCGUCACAGCCGCCCCUCUAGCGCCGCUCGUCUCCGCCUCCCGCGAGCAUCGGCGCGAGUUGCCGAGAUGCAGGCGCGACCCGCAGCAGGUAAUUUCCACGCGCCUGCUGCAUAGGUCCCCCUCGGCUAGUCGCAUCGGCGGACGAUGCACUUCGGCGAGGGGAGGCGGAGGGGAGAAGCUGAGAGGGCGGAAGUUGCGCGCAGUGCAGGGGGAAAGGCACGGCGACUCAAGGGAAUCGGGGGACCGAGCGGAAGAGGAGGGGGUGCGGGGGGCGGAGGGUUCAUGGCGCGACGGCGGAAGCUUGGAAGGGGAAGUGGAGGGGGAUUUGGACGAGGACUGGGCUGGGGAAGCGGAAAGGGGCGCGCGGUUGGGGGGGCGGGCUGGGGCUGGUGGCGGGGGAAUGCGCGGGAAUGGGGUGGGGGAUGAUAGGGGGACUGACGGUCCGGGACUGGGGGAAGCGCGAGGAGAGAAAGCGCCGAUUGCGGCGGAAACAUGCGGGGCUGCAGGAAUGGGAGAGGGAGAGGCAGAUGGCGAGGGGGGAAUGGAAGAUGAGGGGGAGUGGGAGGAUGGGUGGGAGGGGGAGGGGGAGGAAGAAGGGGAGGAAGGAGGGGAGGAGGAUUGGGAUGUUGAGGAGGAUUUAGAGGAGGACGAGGAGGGGGAAGGCGGCCAGAGCAGGUGGAGAGUUGGGGGAGGGAAAGGGCGGGAGAGAGCAGGCGGAGCACGCAUGGCACCUACCGUGGCACGAGGAAGAGGGGGCAAGGGCGAGGACGCAGGGGGAGCAGCAGGCGGGGUAAGCGCCAUUGGCGGCCUGCCCUUAGGCCCUGGCGCUGUGGGUGGUGGUAGUGGCGCUGCCAGCAUCAACACCGCUCCCAGUGCGAGCAGCAGCAGCACUGCCAUCCCCACCCCCAUGCCUGCCAACCCCACCCCCAUGCCUGCCAACAUCCCCACGCCCAACCCCAGCAGCGGCAGUGGCGGCGCCCCCACUGGCGCGUGGCGGCUGCGCCUGGCCGCCCUGUCCGCGCUCUCCGCGCUGAGAGCCGCCCAGCAGCGCGACGAACAGCUCAUGGCGCUGGCGGCAAGGGGAGAGACGCAGGGCGAGGGGGCAAGAGGGGAGGGGUCAAAGAGGGAGGGGGCGGAGGGCGACGGGGCGGAAGGGGAGGAGAAGGGGCGGGCGUGGGCAGGGAGGGCGGACGGGGCAAACGAGGGGGCCCGGGACGAGGGGGAGAGGGUGACGGGUGAGGCGAAGGAGGGGAAGGCAGCAGGUGCGCAGGCAGGGCAGGGCGGGCAGGCAGCGCAGGCAGGGCAGGGCGGGCAGGGCGGGCUGGGAGCGGGCAUGUUGGAGGCUCUCAAGGCGGCCGCUGCCGCUGAUGCUGAGGGCGACGCGAGGGGCAGAAGCCUAACCUCUAAACCGCCCCCAGCAUCAGCAUCAGCAUCAGCAGCAGCAUCACAGGCAGCAGCAGCAGCAGCAGCAGCAGCAUCCCCAGGGGGCGUGUCGAUCUACGUGAACUGCUCCUCAGUGGGGCUGCAGCGAGUGGCAGUGGUGGAGGAGGGGCGCCUCGUGGAACUCAUUGUCGCCUCCACCCCGCCCCCCUCCCUCCCCCAGCCCGCUCUGCCCUUCCGCUCCUCCCCUCGCAGCCCCAUCAUCCACCCCACCACCACUGCUGCUGCUCCGACUCCACUCACCCCACUCACCCCACCCAACCCAGCUACAUCCCCAUUCCCAGCCGCGUCAGCAGCAGGCAGCAGCGUUUUUCCCAUACCUCCCUUGCCCUCUCCUCCCCCUGCCCCAGCCCCGUGGGGGGUGCGCGUGGGGGACGUGUACCUAGGGGUGAUCCGCUCGCUGCAUCCGGGCAUGAAGGCCGCGUUUGUCGACAUUGGGGGCGCCGCGCCCUCGCUGCUCAACCUCGCCCACAACGACCGCCCCCUCACCUUCCCGCCCACUGGGGGUGACUCUGCCCUUGCGCAUGCAUGGGUUGACACGGCUGUGGUUGGGGGCGGUGGUGGGGAUACAGGCGCUGGGGAAGGGACAGGGACAGGGGCAGAGGGAGAGACAGAGACAGAGACUGGCAGAGGGGCAGGGAUUGAUGCAGGCGCACCCACAUACAGUGAGAGAGGCAGAGAGAAUGGUGCGGUGGCAGGGAUGGAGUCAGGUAUGGGAGCAGGGUGGGAUGCAGGGAGGCAGUCUGGUGGGCUUGCUGUUGCCGGGGCUGGCAUGGUGGUGGGCCGGGGGGAGAUGGGCGGUGGGGCGGGUGCAGUGGAAGGUAGUGCCGGCGUGUGGGUGGGCGUGGGGGUCGAGGGCAGGGGGUUGAUUCAGGGAUGGGAAGCGAGAGGCAGGGAGGAGAGGGGUGCAGUGGUGGUGGCAGGUAUGCAAGGGGAUGAAGAGGAUGGUGAUGAUGAUGAUGAUGCUUUUGAGGAAGAGGAAGAAGAAGAGGAGGAAGAGGACGACGAGGAAGGAGAGGAAGGAGAGGAAGACGAUGAGGGUCACGAAGAGGACCUGGAUGAGUGGCAUGUGGAUGAUAUGGCGCAGGAGGGAGACGAGGAGGAGGAGGAGGAGGAGGAGGAGGAGGAGGAGGAGGAGGAGGAGGAGGAGGAGGAGGAGGAGGAGGAGGAGGAGGAGGAGGAGGAGGAGGAGGAGGAGGAGGAGGAGGAGGAGGAGGAGGAAGGUGAAGAAGAGGGGGAGGGAGAGGCACUGGAUGACAUGGAAGAGGAGUGGAUAGAAGAGGAGGAUGGGGGGGAGGAGGAGGAGGAGGAGGAGGAAGAAGAAGAAGAAGAAGAAGAAGAAGAAGGGGAGGAGGAGGAGGUGGAAGGGGAGGAAGAAGAGGAGUGGGUAGACGUGGAGGGUGAGUUCGAGACUGACCUCGAGGACGACAGCAGCAGUGAUGCCAGGCAUGCUGCUGCUUCUCCCUUGCCUGCUGCUGCUUCUCCCUUGCCUGCUGCUGCUGAUCCGGAUGUUGAUGCUCAUGGCGAUGCCAUGUCACGGCAAUUGAAAGGAACAGAAGGGAGUGAGGAUGAGAGAGAGGGGUGGGAGCGUGUGGAAGGUGAUGUUGAGGAGUUGAGUGAGGAGGAGGAGGCAGAGGAAGGAGUAGGGUGGGAGGAGGGGGAAGAGGAGGAAUGGGAGAUGGAGGAGGAAGAAGCGAGGGCAGAUGGGAAGCGGCAGAGGAAGAAGGCUUUGAGGAGGCGAGGCAUGGGCGCUGGUGAUGAUUGGGCGGAGGAGGAGGAGGAGGAAGAAGAAGAGGAGGAGGAUGAGGACGAGGAGGAGGAAGCAGAGGAGGAAGAAGAGGAGGAGGAGGAGGAGGAGGAGGAGGAGGAGGAGGAGGAGGAGGAGGAGGAGGAGGAGGAGGAGGAGGAGGAGGAGGAGGAGGAGGAGGAGGAGGAGGAGGAGGAGGAGGAGGAGGAAGAGGAGGGGAGCAGUGGGGAGGCAGAGAAGAAGCAUGGGGGGGAACAGAAGCCUGAGGAGGAGAAGGAAGAAGCAGCAGUAGAGGUGGUGGGGAAGGCAGGGAAUGGGAAUGACAGUCGGGACCCCACCAAUGGCUUAACCGAGUGCCUGCCUGCUCAUGCCGCCUCUUCCCUCUCUCUCGCCUUGCACACCCGCCCGCUCCCCCUGCCUGACCCUUCCCCGCCCUCCAUACCCCCUUCCUCCCUACCCCCUCCUCUGCAACUCCAGCCUGCCCUCCCAUUGCCCUCCCUCCCCCCUGCCCUCGCAUCAGCAGACCCCCUUGUUGACCCUGCUGCACCCCUGCCCUCACCCCUGCCCUCACCCCUGCCCACACCACCACAGCUUGAUGCUCUCAACGCGUUCCCCACUGAACCCGCCUCUCUCCACCCUUCUGCCCCUCCCCACCCGGCCGCCAACCCUGUCCCGCUGUACCCCAAACCCUCCCUCCCAUCGCCACCCCCCUCCCCUCGUGCCCGUUCUGCUACUGCUCCGCGUCUUCCUGUUCCAACCUCCACCAUCACCACCACCACCACCGGCAGCAGCAGCGGCGGCGGCAGCAGUGAAAGCAGGGACGAGGAAGGGGCAGGUAGGAGGGCAGAUGAGAGGGAAGCGGAUGUAGAGGAAAGAGAGGCAGGCGCAAGGGCAGAGGAGGCGCAGGAACAGCAGCAGGAGGAGCAACAGCAGGAGGAGCAGCAGCAGGGGAGGAGGCAGCAGCAGCAGCAGCAGCAGCAGCAGCCAGACCCCCCUCUGCGCCGCCCGUCCGGCCGCCCCCGCCUGCUCUCCCUCGCUGCCACCCUCCCCCUGCCCCUCUCCCCCUCCCCCCGCCGCCGCUACUCCGCCCUGCUCUCCCAGCAGCUCAACCUCCCCCUCCCCCCCGCCCCCCCCGCCCCUGCCAGCGCCAGGGGGAGGAGGAAGCGGGGGGGAGGCGGCAGCAAGGGGCAAGGGGGGAAGGAGGGCGCUGGAGGCAAGGGGUGGGCGGAAGGCAUAAGGGGGGGAAGGGAUGAGGGCAGUGGACAGAGCAGGCAAGGGGGGUCAGGGGGAGGGGCGGUGGGGGGAGAGGGGGAAGGGGGGAGUGGGUGGGUAGAUGCUACUGCCAAAACAAGUGAGUCCACCUGGGGGGGUGAGCCACUGCCAGGGGUGCGCCGCCCGAGGGUAAGUGCGCCGCCCUACGCAGCGGGCGGCAGGCUGGGCGGCGGGCGGCUGACAGUCAUCCCGGGCUCCCGAGGCCAGCCGAGGAGCCGCCGCUCGGCCGCGUGGUCGCUGACGUGGCGCCAGCUCAUGGAGUCGCGGCGGGCGGCAAGAGAGCGAGCGAGACGAGCGGGGGGCAUUGAGGGAGGGGAUAACGGGGGGACGAGGGGGAGCGAGGAGGCGAGGGAGGGGGGAGCAGAGGGCGAGGAGGAGCGGGAGGAGGAGGAGGAGGAGGAGGAGGAGCAGUAUGAGGAGUGGGGGGAGGUGCGGGCGGGCAUGCUGAUUCUGGUGCAGGUGGUGCGAGGGCCCAUCGGUGCCAAGGACUCCGUGCUCAGGGCCUUCCCUGUGGUGCGCGGGCCCAUCGGCGCCAAGGACUUCGUGCUGCGGGCCUUCCCUGUGCUCGCAGGCCGCUGCUUUCUUUCAUCUUCCCCCCCAUCCUUUCCUCCCAUCCCCGAUCUCUCCAUCUCGUCCUCUUUCUCCCGCUGCUCUCUCCCCUGCGCCCAUCAGCGGCUGGUGCUGCGGGGAACAGGGUUGGUGAUGCCGAGGGGGGUGGCAGCAGAGGAGGCAGCACGCAUUCAGGCCAUUGUUGCCCGCCUCGCACCCACUCGCUCCUUCUCCAUCCAGCCCGCAUUGCCGCUGCCUGCCUUGUGUGCCUUGGUCAAGCCUGCCCUUCGCUGCUCGCACCCUAGCCAGGUGCGGCAGGCGGCGGUGGGGAGGGGGGAGGCGGAGCUGGGGGAGGAUUUGGCGGAGCUGGUGGCGCGGUGGAGAGCAGUGCUGGCGCGCGCGAAUGCGGUGGCGGGGCAUGUGAGGAGCGUGGCGGACGUGCCGGCUGUGGGACCCACGCUGCUGCUGCAGGGCACCCCCAUGGCUCUGGAUGUCAUUCACUCUCUUCUAGUGCAGCACCACCAGACCAACGUUGCGGGUCACAGGAAGCAUGGCCCACGUGGUGAUGGAGACGCUGCCUCCGAACCACUGCUCAAUCAUCCCACGCCCCUUUGCCCCUCUCUCCUCAUCCACCACCCCUCUCACCUCAUCCACCACCCCUCUCUCCUCAUCCACCACCCCUCUCUCCUCAUCCACCACCCCUCUCUCCUCAUCCACCACCCCUCUCUCCUCAUCCACCACCCCUCUCACCUCAUCCACCACCCCUCUCACCUCAUCCACCACCCCUCUCACCUCAUCCACCACCCCUCUCACCUCAUCCACCACCCCUCUCACCUCAUCCACCACCCCUCUCUCCUCAUCCACCACCCCUCUCACCUCAUCCACCACCCCUCUCACCUCAUCCACCACCCCUCUCUCCUCAUCCACCACCCUCUCUUUUCCAUCAUCCACAUUCAACCUCCUUCCUCCCAACAUCCCUUGUACUACCUGACCGUCUUCCUCCCCUCAACGCCCCACCUCACCACAGGUGUCGCGCCUAGUGGUGGACUCGCCUGCCUUCCUGCAAGAGGUAAGCCCUCUCCCUCGUUUCAUCCCCUUCUCCCUCAUUCCAUCCCCUUCUCCCUCAGUUUCCCGUAUCAGUUUCCCCUAUCAGUUUCCCGUAUCAGUUUCCCCUAUCAGUUUCCCGUAUCAGUUUCCCCUAUCAGUUUCCCGUAUCAGUUUCCCCUAUCAUUGGAGGCGUAUCUACAGCGCAUGCAGCCGGCGCUGUGCGGCCGGGUGCAGCUGCAUGCAGGUCCAUCGCCCAUCUUCGACACCGCCCACAUCGAGCCUGCGCUGCUCUCCGCACUGCACCGCUGUGUCCCCCUGGCAGGCGGCGGUUCCCUGGUGAUAGAGGAGACGGAGGCGCUGGUGGCAAUAGACGUGAACAGCGGGUGGAGCGUGCUGCACCUCCGUGCCUCCCUCUUCCUCUCCACAUCUCCCCUUCCAGCCAUCUCCCUCCCUCUCCCCACAUUGCACACCAGUGUCCCCCUGGCAGGCGGCGGUUCCCUGGUGAUAGAGGAGACGGAGGCGCUGGUGGCAAUAGACGUGAACAGCGGGUGGAGCGUGCUGCACCUCCGUGCCUCCCUCUCCCUCUCCACAUCUCCCCUUCCAGCCAUCUCCCUCCCUCUCCCCACAUUGCACACCAGUGUCCCCCUGGCAGGCGGCGGUUCCCUGGUGAUAGAGGAGACGGAGGCGCUGGUGGCAAUAGACGUGAACAGCGGGUGGAGCGUGCUGCAGCCCACUGCACGGCAGGAGGACACCUUCCUUGCCGUCAACCUCGCUGCCGCCAGACAGGUGGGUGCUAUCGGCAGCACCUGUGCUGCUGCUAGACCGGUGCGUUCUGUGGCGGCUCAGCCUGCUGCAACCCAGACAGGUGGGUGCACCUUGGCAAGCGGGCAUCUGCACCAUGUGCACGAGCACAUGCGCUUGGAGUUGGCCCGUGGCACUCCUCCACCUCUGCUGCGCGCCCCACUGCCAUGCCACCCCUGCCCUGCGCCACCCUUGCCGUGGCAGAUUGCAGUGGAGCUGCGCCUGAGGGACCUGGGAGGGCUUGUCGUCAUUGACUUUAUCGACAUGCAUAAAGCGGAGCACCGGAGGGCAGUGGAGGAGGAGGUGAGGAGGGCGAUGGGGGGGGACCGGCGCAAGGUGCGAGUGGGGGAGAUCUCGCAGUUCGGCCUGCUUGAACUCACCCGCCAGCGCGUGAGUGCUCUCUGGGCUGGUUCACUGCGGUGCAGUGCGGUGCCUUGCAGUGCUCCCAUGUGCUCUGCGGCUUGGUGUGGUGCGGUCCACGUGCUGCACACCCCUCAUCCCCAUCCCUGCUCUCACCUCUCCUCUCACCCUCCCCCCCCUCCCCACCUGCACAUGCCAUCAGAUGCGUCCAAGCCUUGCCGCCUCGUUGACGGCGCCGUGCAGGUGCUGCUGGGCGGCAGGGCGGGGGCGGGUGGAGUCACGUCUGGCCAUGCUGGCUCGCCUCGAGUGCGCCCUGCAGCGCUGCCUGGUGCGCCUAGUGCUGCGGGGUGUGGGGGAUUUGAGGGUGGCGGAGUGUGGGUGAUUCGGGGGACGCAGGGUGGGGUGGGGGGACUUGGGGGGGUGGGGAGACUUGGGGGGCGGGUGGAGUCACGUCUGGCCAUGCUGGCUCGCCUCGAGCGCGCGCUGCAGCUCUGCCUGGUGCGCUCACCUGCUGCUGAUUCUGGGGCGCAGUGUGCAGCAGCGGCAGGCAGCAAGCAGGGCAGGCCGGGAAAAGGGGCCAGGGAGAGGCGGCGGGAGCGGAGAGCCCAAGCAGCAGCAGCAGGAGCAGCAAGUGGUGGGGGUGAGGGGGGUGAAGAGAGAGAGGGCGGGCGAGAGGAGGUGGUGGUGGGUCUGGCUGCCUCGCCUGCCACGUGUGAACAGCUGCUCAUGGGACCCGCCCUGCCAGAUGGCACUCCCUCGCUUGUCCAUGUCAUCUGUGCUGCCCUCCACGUCACCCUGCACAUACAGGUGCGUGAGAGGAGUGCAUGUGCUGACCGGGGUGGGAGCACAAGCGUGGUUGCACGGGAUGGGAGCACAGGGAUUAGGGACUGCAGCUGCAGUUUCCACCCCAAGCCGCACCACCAGGUGGAUGCAGCGCUGCCAUACGGCUACUUCCUGCUCUCCCACAACAGCCGCUCCACCAUCGACCCGCCUCUCACCCCGCACGACCCUCCUCCCCACAUUGCGCCUGCCUUGAACAUCCCCGCCUACCUCGCCUCCAUCCCAUCUGGACCUCCUUCCCCCUCUCCCUCCCCUGCCGCCCAGAAUCACCGUCUCCCCUCAGUGGCCUGCUGCAGGCCAGCCCAGGGGGGCCAAGGCACGCCAGAGCUGCCUGCUUCCAGUGCCCCUGCACAGCCUGGCUCUGCUGGUGCUUCUGCUGGUGUGAGAACAGGCUCAGCGGAUGCAGUGCAACGUGGGAGUGAGUUGGCAGGGGGCAGUGGGAUGGUGAUGCGGAGGAAGGCGGUGGGAGAGGUAGGGGCAGCAAGGGGUGCGAGGAAGAGUUCCAGGAGUAAGGCGAGUGGUGGUGUUACUGGUGGUAAGCCUAGCAGCAGCAGCAGCGACGGCAAGAGUAGUGGUGGCGGCAGUGGUGGAAGCAGCAGCAAGGGGACAGUCAGCAAGCGCACGAAGCAAUACCAGCUGGAGAUCCUGCAAACGACAGCCAAGCCGAAGCCGCAAAGCCCGCUCAUUCUCAUGGCUGACGACGACACCUUGGCAGCACUAAGGCCUCGUUUGGACGCGGAGCUGGGUGGGAGGGGGUCGCUCAUCACAUCAGUGCCUGGCAUGCUGGAAGUGCUUCCAGUUGGCGCUUCCAAGGCCACAGGCCUUGCCACUGUGCUUGACAUGAUGGGUCUGCACCCGCAGCAGGUCAUGGCGGCAGGAGAUGGUGAAAAUGACAUUGAGAUGCUCCAGAUGGUUGGUUUGGGUGUGGCAAUGGCAAAUGCUGGCCCUUCGGUCAAGGCAGUGGCAGACCAUGUGUCGAGCUCUAACGACCAUGAUGGCUUGGCGGCUGCUGUGGAGAGAUUUGCCCUCACUGCUGGACUCUG